CACCCCUGCAAGCUGCGUUCUGGUGGCAAAUCAUCCGCGACUGUCGCAUUAGCUAGCUGCAUGAUUGCGUAGUGUGAAUUUGCUGGGUUCGACCAAGUAGCUGAGCUAUAGGCAGCUUUCUGGAAUCCUUCUAAGCAUCUUACUCGUCGUUUCGAGCUCUUCUUGAUUGAUCUAACCUUGAAUUUCGCUUCUGAGACAUCUCCAAUACUGUAACGAUACCCAAGCUUUGUCAAAUCGAAAUUGACAAUGCCAUCUCUGGAAGAUCUCCAAACUAUUCCUGCCCGUCAUGGUACUGCUACAUUUGUGCCAAAGGGCAGCACGAUCAAGAUUGUGAAUACUUCUGGUACUCAGGUGAUCGACACUUGGGCGUUUGCUCUACCUACACCGCCUAAGCAGAACGGACCGCAACAAAAUGCACAAGAUGACAAGGACAACGGCUAUCAAGAGCAGGACGAGAAGGAGAAGCUGAGGCUCGCGGAGGAGCAAGAAAAGGAGCAGCGGGAAGAGGCGAAGAAACAGGAGGAGGAAGAGAGGAAGAAGAAGGAGCAAGAUGAAAAGGACAAGACCAGCAGGAAGAAGAGCAACAGGAAGUCGCGAGGAAGUCUGGACUUGCCUUCGCAAGAAGAAGCCGAGGCUGCCACUUCCCAACAGCAAGCGGCUGAGGCAGAGUCCAAGCAGCAAUCUACCCCUUCCAAGAGCGGCUGGUCUUCAUACCUUCCAUCUUUGCGCGGAAGAAAGCAAAUCACUGACAGCAAUGCGAAAGACGACGCAGUUCCUGAGAAGAAACCGGACGAGGCUACAGAAGAGGAUGACAAGCAACAAGAGAAGGAGAACUCCAGAAAAUGGGGCAGCUAUCUGCUCAAAGGUCAGGGCGUUACCAGUUACUUGCCCAGUAAGGGAGCCAUUUCUGCUUUUGCUGCUCAGCAUGCACGCGAUCCCAACAAGACGUACGCUGAGCAACUGGCCGCAUUCUCUCGGACACCUGUAGGCGCGGCCUCCUUGUCGGCCAUCACGGGAUCCGGAUCUGUAUCUUCUCUCUACGCCGGCUACAGCGCAUGGAACGCUAUGCACGGCGAUACCGCCCAGAUGGAAUACCUCAGCAUGCCUCACACUCGCGCCUCGACUUUCCAUAUGGUCCCUCGCGUCAACGACGUCCUCGUGUCCAACUUGAGAGAACCCAUGUUGACGCUCAUAGAAGACACUAGCUCUGGCGUCCACGACACGUUGAUCCCAGCCUGCGAUCCGCAGCGUUACAAGGCUCUCCAGAUCGAGGACUGGGAGCAGCAUGGAUCUUGUGCCGAAAACUUGGUCCUUGCGCUGAAGGAAUUGAACGACCGCGCCGAGUUGAAAGGACCGAAGGGUGUUGGCGCCUCAGUGACGGUCAACUCGGUCCCAGCGCCAUUGAACCUCUUCAUGAAUAUUCCGUGGAAAGGUGACAAGGGCGAGCUCUCUUUCGAACCUCCUACAUGUAAGGAGGGCGAUUACGUUCGAUUCAAGGCAGAGAGAGAUAUCGUGGUUGUCAUGUCUGCAUGUCCCAACGAUGUGCAGCAGAUCAAUGGCGGACAGUCCAAGGACGGUCACUUCUUGGUCGAGCACGCUGAUGACUCAUCCGAGGAGGAUACCCCAGCAGAAAUCAAAAAGGCCGACAAGAAGAAGCCUCGCAAGUUGGGCCAGAAGGAUGACGCAACUGAGGCAAAGUCAAAGGGCGACAAACCUGAGGAUCAGAAGAGGGCAGAGAAAGCGCCUCUACCCGAGACUCCUGCAGUCGAAAAGUCGGAGGCUGCUUCGUCACCCGCAACAAAGCCAAAGGGUAAGUCAAGGAGCGACAAGUCUGAAGAGCAGAAGAAGGCCGAGAAGGUCCCCCUACCCGAGACACCCGCGACCGAGAAAUCAGAAGCCGCCGCUUCGCCCGCGCCUCCGAAACAGCUCAAGGGUAAACCCAAGAAGCUCGCCGACGAGGAGCAGAAGAAGGCAGAGAAGACACCACUUCCUGAGACUCCAGCUGUUGAGAAGUCCGAGUCUGCUGCUUCUCCUGCUCCCCCAUUCGCUUCCUCGGGCCAAGCGACUCCCAAGCCCAAGGGAAAGCCCAAGAAGCUGAUUGAUUCAGCGACUGGCGAGAAGAAAAAGCCGCGCAAGCUGGAAUCAAGGUCCAAAGGCACAGUCACACCUGAAUCCGCGUCUGCCGCUAGUCAUCAGACUGAUGCGACUGGUGGUGCUGAGAAAGGCGGGAGUUGAAUUACAGAGCAACUUCGAGGUUUAUGAUCUCUUAAGGGACACAAAUUGUGCAGAUGUUAGCAUGGAAGACUUUACACAGGAGCGAUUUGAGGUGAGAGAGAGCCUCUCGGAUGUGGCAGAUGGGGACAAGCUAGAGGGUAAUUUGGUUGUACCGAAAGACGAAAUGGUCUCUGGCGACUUGGAAUCAGAUUCUGGCAGAGUCGAUGAGAGAGUCAAGUAUGUUGGAGUCAAGACUGCGCGGUCAUUGGUCAAUGGUGGACUGUCCAUAUUGGCUCUUGGGGCGUUCUCGCCUGUAGGAUUGUUCUUGAGACACCUGGAAGCCCUGAAGGAGUUGGAAGACAGGAAAGGCGAAAGGAGUGUGCAAUUGGACGAUCAGAUGGAAAGCGAUACGGACGAUACUAAUGAGCUGUAAACUUGCACGAUGUGUAUUUGUAUUGAAUCCUACUUCACUGAGUAAAUUGAACGAUUUGUUUUCUGUGGCUUU